UUUCUUGUUUUUCUGUUGUGUAUUUACUCUGUGUAGGCAGCUUCUGUGUCAGUACUUGAGUCCACAACAAAUUCCCCUGAGGCGACAAUAAAGUUAUCGUAUCAUUUAUCCUCAAAUGUUUAUUUCUAUUUUAUUUCAAUCUUUGUUUCCACUGACUUCUUAACUUUGGGUAACAUGAGGCUACUUUGAUGUUAAAUUUCAGUCAGAGAAAAUGAGCUCAGUGCUGCUUUGUUAUCCUCUCAGUCCCAAAGGUGGAGGUGAAUUCAGGGGUGGAGUCUGUCCAGCUGCCCUGUAAAACCACACUUCACCUGCCUGAAGACGUCAGAGUGGAGUGGACGAACAGAAAAAACAGGAAGGUCCACGUGUUUGAGGAUAACUCUGAUCAGCCUGAAGAACAGCACCAGGUCUACAGAGACCGAACGAAGAUGAAUGAAGACCUGCUGAAAACUGGAGACCUCAGCCUGACCCUGAAACAGCCCACAGGCUGGGACGCAGACACCUACACCUGCACCGUCUACAGCAGGAGGGAGAAAAUCCUGAGGAAGAACAGAGUGCAGCUCUAUGUCGGAGUUCCCCAGGUGGAGGUAGAUUCAGGGGUGGAGUCAGUCCAGCUGCUUUGCAAAGCCGCAGUUCACCUGCCCAAAGAUGUUAAAGUGGAGUGGAUAGACAGUGAUGGUGAUGAGGUCCACGUGUAUGAGAACGGCUCUGACCAGCCUCACAAACAGCACCAGGAUUACAGAGACCGAACGAAGAUGAAUGAAGACCUGCUGAAAACUGGAGACCUCAGUCUGACCCUGAAACACCCCACAGAUGGAGACAACUGGACCUACACCU